UGCCUCCUGCCCGUAGUCCAACAACCUGCCAGGCAAUCUUAAAGAGGCCGCGGCCGCAUUCAGACGCUGCGCGGCAUGGGGAGGGGGGCGGCUCAAUGUCCCGGGCGCGGGGUUGAGGAUCCCAGUGUUCGAGCGCUGGAGGCGGGGCUCUAGCCUGUAGCACUCGCUGCACCUGCGGAAUGUCCCUACUACUAGUUUCAGGCGCAGUUUCCCUAUUCACCAUUAGGGGGAAGGGAGCCCAGACCACUUGACAGCGAAUAAUCAUAACAAAAGCUCACUUUGAUUCAGUGCGUUGCACACGCCAGGGCUUUUACUCACCUCUCGCGUCGUCGUUGCCGAAACCCUAUAAGAUGUGCGUCAAUGUGAGUGUGCCCCAUGCAGAAGUUCCAAGUUCUUCCCCUCACUUGAGCUCAAUCCCAUACAGGUGUUCCUCCUACAAGGCGCUUUCCCUUACCUCACAGGUGAGUGACUAAACUUUCCGGGUCACGUGAGCGGGCGGAGCCGGUGGGAUCGGACCCAAAGACCGAUCGACGGACCGAGGGUUCGAGGGAGAGACACGGACCAGGAACCUGAGCUAGGUCAAAGACGCCCGGGCCAGGUGCCCCGUCGCAGGUGCCCCUGGCCGGAGAUGCGGUAGGAGGGGCGCGCGCGAGAAGCCCCUUCCUCGGCGCUGCCAACCCGCCACCCAGCCCAUGGCGAACCCCGGGCUGGGGCUACUCCUGGUGCUGGGCCUGCCGUUCCUGCUGGCCCGCUGGGGCCGAGUCUGGGGGCAAACCUCCACAGUAUUGACCCCUUCUGCAAAUCACAAUAGCACUGUUGUGCCUUCACCCACCAGCUCCAGCUCCAAUGGCAACUUGUCUCAGGGGGCCAUCACUGCUAUCAUUGUGGUCUUCUCCAUCCUGGCCAUCUUGCUCCUGGCUGUGGGGCUGGCACUGUUGGUGUGGAAGCUUCGGGAGAAGCGGCAGACGGAGGGCACCUACCGGCCCAGCAGCGAGGAGCAGUUCUCCCAUGCAGCUGAGGCCCGGGCCCCUCAGGACUCCAAGGAGACGGUGCGGGGCUGCCUGCCCAUCUAGGUCCCCUCUCCUGCAUCUGUCUCCCUUUAUUGCUGUAUGACCUUGGGGAAAGGCAGUGCCCUCUCUGUGCAGUCAGAUCCACCCAGUGCUUAAGAAUAGCAGGGAAGAAGGUACUUCAAGACUCUGCCCCUGAGGUCAGGAGAGGAUGGGGCUAUUCACUUUAUGUAUAUAAAAUUAGUAGUAAGAUGUAA